CAAGCAUUACGCAAGUAGGGCGCGUGCUACACAGGCAUCCUAAAGUCAUGGACGAAUAUCUCAACAACCACAUGGCGUUGAAACGAUCAUAUCCUUUCGAAAUCGCCGAUCCACAUAUACCACAACAUGGGCAACAACUACAUGCGCAUGAGUCUACGCCGAUCAAUGAGCCCUUGUGUCUGUUAGGCUCGGUCAUCGAUGUGAGAGCGCAGGUGCAACCUGGGGUGCGCGAUCUUUUCCAUCGCGCAUAUGCUUUUGGGACAACACAAGAUGACCUUACGUUUGAGGUCUGUCCGAAAGGCGAUUACUUCGAGCUCUAUAGCCAAGGAGGAGCGUUUGCGCGUCUCGACAAGGCCUUCUGCAACGAAGCCCGCGGACUGGUAGGGCUUGGUGUUGAAUUUGAGGCAUGUUUGGACCGAAAGCGUCGAGAGGAAACUACAAACGCUUGGACGCCAUCCGCAGGUGAAACGGUGACAUUUCUUGUCGACGUGAACGUAAAGAGCCUGAUGCAUCACGCUGGAACAGUUGGCAACAUCCUCCUUCGCUCUGGAAUCUUCUUGCAAUUUCCUUUGCAGAGACCCGGUGGAGAAACGUACCUCAAUCCCCAAAUUCUCCAGAUCGAAGGAUUUUGUGAGAAAGCUGACGAGACAAUGACCGAGGGAGAAGACGCGUUAACGCCUACUGUCGUCCUAGAUGGGUCGGCUCAAGGCAAUCUCAAACCGUCUAGGAAACCUCAAGACAAUUUUGAACAGAUCCUUGAUUCACUCACUCAUACAAAUAUACUUCAGGAGAUACGUACGGACACUAGUCGUAUCAAGACCAAACUCAUGACGCACCAAAUGAUGGCACUAGACUUCAUUGCACAGCGAGAAAGCGGUAGGCCUUCUACAGAGCUCACAUUUUGGCAAGAAAGGCGUAGACGUAAUGGAACCUGUUUUCGGCACGUACUGACGGGGUCCGAGACUUCCGAACACCGCGAGGCGAGAGGUGGCAUUCUUGCCGACGAUAUGGGACUGGGAAAGUCGCUGACGAUGUUAUCGGCCAUUGCCAGCUCACUUCCAGAUGCGGAGAGCUUCGCUUCGACUCAGACAGCGGCUGAGAACGGAUCAUCAAAUGCUUUGACACCUUCGCGAGCGACCUUGAUUCUCCUUCCAUCCACAACUCUGAUCGACAAUUGGAUCGACGAAAUCCGCACACACACAUGGCCGCACAAAGUGACGUUUCAUACACAUCUCAGUCGUGACCGGCAUGCAGAGACACAUCUUCUUCUUGAGAAAGACGUUGUUUUCACCACAUAUGCCACGGCCUUGCGGGACACCAAGCAAAUUUCUUCGCCCUUGUCGAGGGUUCAUUGGUUCCGCAUUGUGUUGGAUGAAGCCCACAAAAUACGAAAUCGAAAGACCAAGCUGUUCAAGGCAAUCCAUGAGCUUUCUGCCUAUCGCCGCUGGUGUCUCACUGGAACGCCUAUACAGAACCGUCUCGAAGACUUAGGGAGCCUGGUCGCCUUCCUACGAAUUACAGAGCUAGCGCAUACACUGACCUUUCGCACUUUCAUCAUUGCACCAACGCUGGCUGAACGAGGAACUCGGUUUCGAAAUCUACAGACAUUAUUGGGGAUUAUCUGUCUCCGGCGGACACGAGGACACCUUCAUCUACCGGAGCCGAUAGCUGAGGAGCGUUUGAUCGCGUUUUUGCCCGGUGAGUAUAGUCAGUAUUUUGACCUCUUUGAGCAGUAUAAGAGACAGUUGCAGAUGACUGCUAGCGGAAAGGGCAGGUACGUGUCUACUGCUCUUCAGUUCAUCCACGAGCUGCGUCUCUUUUGUAACAAUGGCCCGAGGAGGACACAAGAUACAUCGCACGGGUCAGACGACGAGAUACUCUCUCAUCUGGUGCAGCUUGAAGAAAACGUAUGCGCCAACUGUUCAAUCAGUAUUUUUUGCAUCGACCGGGUAGAAGGCCGAGAUGGUGGUCUGUUCAUCCAGCCGUGCAAACAUCUUGUCUGUCAUAGCUGCUGGCCUGAAUGUGUGGAGAAGAAGAAGAAGGGAAAUCACUGUCGGCUUUGUGCAAAAGGCCACGCCCCGACAGAUCUGACUACGCAUUUUAGCACCGGCGAGCUCGCCUUCGCAGCAGAAGCAGCAACGGAAACUUAUCCAUCAAAACUGAUGGCUCUAGUUAAAGACAUCAAGCACGUAUCUGGAGAGAAAUGUAUCAUCUUCUCUGCCUGGAAGAAGACCUUGAACAUGGCGGGUGAACUCUUCAAGAGAGAUGGAAUGAGCUAUGGGAUGAUUGAGGGAAGUCUGAGCUUAAACCAGCGGCUGAAAGUGUUGAAAGAGUUCAAAUCUUCCAUCGGGCCGAACAUUCUUAUGAUGACACUGGGUACGGGUGCAGAAGGCCUUACUUUGACUAUUGCCUCCCAUAUAUACCUACUUGAGCCACAAUGGAAUCCCUUCGUCGAGCUACAGGCAAUGGCGAGAGCGCAGCGCAUCGGACAGGAAAGGCGAGUAGUCUGCGUACGAUACGUCAUGGAAGGAACUAUUGAGCAGCACGACGUGAUGAAACGUCAAAAGAACAAGACAGCCCUUGCAGGCGGCGGGUUCAAAAAUCAGAAGAUGCACGACUCAUUACAAUACUUUGGUGUUGAUCUGACACGGGUGCAAGGCAACGCGAUGACUUUCUAAAGCGAUGCAUGAUAUGGCGUGGCAUCGAAGUGCGCCACGUUCCUUGGUUGAAGAGAAGGGGGCGGAGGCGGAGUAGCACAGCGCGCCCUUGCUAAUAACGCGAGUGCACAUGAACAACGCCACUGCAGUAGGAGGUCAUUUCGAGCCAGUUUGAUUGCAACGACUGUAUAGCUGUAUCAGACAUGUUAUCCUUGUUUGCGCCGGACAGCUUAGCAUCUUGGGAUUGAUGUGAUUUUUGGAAACCUCAAGAGUGGUAUGAUAUAUAAUCUUGGGACGCGUCUAACAAUGCGCCUUCUCUUGCUACCUAGGUAUGUGUUAGCCACUUCGAAUGCUAGUGGUUGGCGAAUCCGCACUCCUAAGCAACGCAAGAUCUACCAGGUGACACAUGUCAACAAGGCUGCCGUCGUAAAAUCGAGUUCAGCAGAGGUACCUCUAUUCUUGC